AUGAAUCUGAAAUUAUACAUUCUAAUAUGUGUCACAGUUUCAGGAAUUUUAGGAACUCCGCUAGAUGAUUAUGUUAACAGACCAGAUUCAACUUAUAAAUAUUUUGAAAUAACUCAUUAUGUUCACGAAGAUCAUACUUUGUAUAUACUCAAUAUGACGUCACAGACAUGGUUGACAGCUGAGAUAUCAACACAACCUAUCUGGUGGCAUUAUUUAACAGUUACCAUUCCACACAAAAUCAGAUAUCCUGAUGCUGCAUUUAUGUUUAUUGAAGGUGGAUCUAACCACAAUGGACCACCUACCGGGACUGAUAAUUUCGUUGCACUAACAACAGCGAUGGCAGUUAGUACUGGAACUAUAGGUGCAGAUUUAAAGAUGAUUCCAAAUCAACCAAUUAUGUUCAAGGCUGAUCCAACUAAAAAACAGAGAACUGAAGAUGCUAUUAUUGCCUGGACAUGGAAAACAUUUGUAGAAACAAAUGGGUCGAAUCCUGAUCUAUUACUUCGAAUGCCAAUGACCAAGGCUUCAGUUCGUGCUUUAGAUACCAUAGCUGAUUUUGCUAUGGAUAAAGUUGGUAAUAAAGUAGAUAAAUUCUUUAUAGCUGGGGCUUCAAAGAGAGGAUGGACAACAUGGACAACUGCAGCAGUAGAUAAUAGGGUUGUUGCAAUGGCACCAAUUGUCAUGGAUUUAUUACAUAUGGUGAAGAAUCUUCAUCAUCACUACCGUGCUUAUGGUGGCUGGACUUUUGCUUUUAAAGAUUAUUACAGUCUGAAUUUUACACAAGAUUUAGACAGUCCGUGGACACAAGCUAUGGCUGAUAUUAUUGACCCAAUUAGUUACAAUGAUAGAUAUGCUAACAUACCUAAACUUGUUGUUUCUACUGGAGGUGAUGAAUUCUUCUUGCCAGACGACUCACAUUUUUAUUUUAAGGAAUUAAUGGGACCUAAAUACCUUAGAAUUUUACCAAAUGCAGAACAUUCUUGUGCUGGUCAUGAGAUUAGUUUAUUGUUUACAAUGAGAGCUUUCUAUUUAUCUGUGAUAACAAAAACACCUUUACCACAACUAACAUGGGUGAGGGAAGAGACACCAUCGGGUGGUAGAAUUACAGUGACUUGUAAUCAGAAACCUAAAACAGUCAAUGUGUUUUAUGCCAGAACUCUAGACGGGAAUAGACGUGACUUUAGAUUAUUAGUUGGUACCCCAGGUGACCCUUCUAAACCCAUGCCACAUCCCGUAGUUUGGUUGAGAGAUGAUGUACAAGAUAUGGGUAACAAUGUAUACAGAGCUGAACUAACAAAACCUGAAAUAGGCUGGACAGCAUUCUUUAUACAGUUAACAUUCCAAGGUUUCGCUGACUCAGAUUUAGAAUUUACCACAGAGACUCAAAUCAUUCCAGAUAUAUUCCCAUUUCCAGAUUGUACUGGGCAAGAGUGUAAAGGAACUUUAGUCUAA